UGAAUGGGUUGCAAAGCGCACAGCCAGAGGAAAGAAUCGCUGAAUGGACUGAAAGGUGCCCAUCGCCCAUCCAGGAACCGGGCCAGGCCUUCCGCUGGCUUUUUAUUCUUCGGAUCUCCCCCCCGUUCUUCCAUCCUUGCGCCUUCUCUCUCCCUUUUGUGCACUGUUUUGCUCUCCUUCCUCUGAACACACCUCGCUCCUUUGUGUGUUGCUUUCAGGUUGAGGCAUCAUUGUCACUCCUUACUACAGUGCAAUCCACGUUCUCUUUGAUCCAUCGUGUCUUGUUGAUAAACAGCCGUGAUACCCCUUCUGUUUUGCCUGCCACCAUCCAACCAUUCAUCUCUUCCAUCUCCAUCACCAUGCAGCUCAAGAAUUCCAUGCUCCUGCUCACCGCGCUGGCGGCCGGCUCCACGGUCGCCCGCCUGCACGGCCAUGAGCGCCGCCACCACCACAACGAUAAGCGUGCCGUCGGUGACGUUGUCGUCGCUACCAUUGACGGUGAAAAGGUCUCCUGGGUCAACGAGUGGUCCGGUCUCGCUGCCACCGUCGCCGUGGAGGCUGAGGCCGCUGUGACCCAGGUCUCGGUCGAUGCCAAAGCCACCCUGGUGUCUGAGGCCACCUCCGUCAUCGCUUCUGCCUCGGCUGUUCCUACUGCUGCCAGUUCUUCCAGUGCCUCCACCGGGGCCACGGCUUCUGGCUCUUGCUCCAGCUGGUCCCAGACCCUGUCGAACGGCGAUUACUCUCGUGCCGGCUUCGGCGCGUCGACGAUGAGCAAGCGUACGACCGACGCCAUCUACUACACCGGCAACGUCGGUAGCCCCUGGGGCAGCAACAUCAUCGAGGUCGAUGCCAGCAACGCCUGCCAGUACAAGCACGUCAUCCGCAUUGACGGCAGCGAGACGGACGACUGGACCGUGGUCUUCUGGAACAAGAUCGGUCCUACCGGUGGUCUCAACGGCUGGUACGGCCACUCGGCUCUGACCCUCACCGUCAAGCCCGGUACCUCUCGCUACGUGGCGUUCGAUGACAACUCCCAGGGUGGCUGGGGUGCUGCUAAGGGUGACAAGCUCCCCACCGACAAGUACGGCGGUUACUCCUGCACCUGGGGUGAAUUCGACUUUGGCAACACCAGCAACGAUGGCUGGUCCGGCUGGGACGUGUCUGCCAUCCAGGCCCAGAACGCUGGCCAGGAGAUCCAGGGUAUGAAGAUCUGCGACCACACCGGCAGCGGAUGCUCCACUAUCACCAACGCGGCCAGCAGCGUCAUCAACGCCUACACUGCUGCCCUUGCUGCUGCCGACGGCAUCGGUGGAUCCGUGUCCGCGGGUCCUGUCCGUCUGCAGGUCAGCAUCGACUACGCUUAGAUGUCUUGUUUGAUUUGCUUCUUCCUGUUCAGAUAUUCCUUCGAUACCUUUGGGUUGGGUGUUUGGUGCAAGACUGCUCGCAGCUGGCAGUGAGGGAUACUUUUCACCGUACAGCAACACCAUCCCUGAAAUAUGCUUGUUACGUUCGAUUGUACAUACCUACAUAUACCACGGUGAUUGAUUUGCAG